CUUGUUGGCGAGAGGUCUCAUGUAAACAAUCUUCAGGAUGGAGGAGGAGGUACCGAGUGGAAGUGACAAUAUUGUUACAGAAUUCAGCACAUAUGAAGAUUUUCUGGAUUCACAGAUAACGUCCUUGGAUUUAUAUUAUCUCGAGGAUGAAGAACUUGCACGUCAAUUGGUGGAACUGGGCUAGGGCAGUGGAGAGGUUCUCAAGCGUGAGGAAUUUGAGGCCAGAAAGAGGGCAGCAGAGGCUAGCAGACUUUCAAAACGCAGCCAACAGAAAACACUUGCAAGCUCUGGCAAGGACCUGAAAGAUCCUUUCUCAAAAGCUCUGGCUCAGAGAGAGGAAGCCAACAGAAGUGGCAAGAUGACAACAAUUAUAUUCAUCCGCGACAAAAAUGCCAGAGGCCAGGAGAUUUCUGGAUACAUAGACUACGCUCAUCGUUUGAAGACUGAGGAUUUCGAGCCUUAUUUUGGAGGUCGCAAGAGAUUGUUGCCUCGACCAUCAGACCUGAGCUUCUACAACUGGGAAACUCAGACGUCCACCUCCAACCCAACACCCAACUACCAGGUCAUAGCUGAAAAUGCCUCAGGUUUGCUCUUCAAGAACAAGAGAGACCGGAAAAUUAUCAAUGUUGAUCCAAAGGCUCAGACUCCAGGAGACAAUUCUACGCGGACAGUGGUAGAGACACCAAGAUUCAUCCAAGUUGUCAUCUAUGAUCACAUUACAAGGAGAAAAACAUAAGAUGUCAACAUGAUUGAUUACUUUUUUGUAUAUACCUAAACUUGUGAAGUCAUACUUUGUGUAUGUGUAAAUAUAUAUUCAUCAUUA